UUUAUUACGUGUAAAAGACUUAAGAAAUUGAGGGAGUGAGUCCUAUCUAACACACUAUAAAUUACCUCUAGAUAUAAAUUAAAUAAAAUUAAAAUGAAAAAAAAGAAUAAAAUCUAAUUCACAGUUGGUGAACUAUUCUUGAAUGGUGGGAGCCCAUUUUAGCUAAACUGGGGGCCCUACUCAAAGCUAAUCCUCCUGUUCUAUGUUAAAUACGACUGGACCACAAAGCUCAUGCAAUCACUUCCAAUUGUUGUUCUUGGCAAUGUCUUCAGUCGUACUGAAUAAAGAAACGAGAGAUUCAGUGAUCUUGAAACCAACAAGUAAAAUAAUCAACAUCGGCUCUACCCAAUAAUUGAAGCUUCCUACAUUUACCUUAAACUGACCAUCAACAAGAGCGGAGAUUAUAUCCUGUUUUUAUCUGGUUUGGUACAUCUGAUUGCUGAUAUGGAUAAUACUACUACUACUACUACUACAGUUCAAUGUCUACACCCUUUAGGCCAUUCUAAAAUUCUUCAUCUCGUGAGGCAUGCACAAGGAACUCACAAUGUAGCUGGAGAGAAGGAUCAUGAUGCAUUGUUUUCUCCUGAAUUUUUUGAUGCACAGCUCUCCCCUUUAGGCUUGCAGCAGGUUGUCAAUCUUCGGAACCGUAUUCAGGAUUCUGGAUUGCUUAAGAAAAUCGAUUUAGUCAUCACUUCCCCUUUGUCAAGGGCUAUGCAAACAGCAAUUGAAGUCUUUGGUCAUGAAAAAUCAGGUCUCAAGUGCCCUCCGAUUACAGCAGUUGAACUUUGCCGUGAACGUUUUGGAGCUCAUCCAUGUGAUAAGAGGAGAACCAUUAUCGAGGCUCAGUCUCUUUUCCCUCAAAUUGAUUUUUCAUUGAUAGAAAGUGAUGAAGAUAAUUUGUGGAAAGCUGAUGUUAGGGAGCCUGAUGAAGAAGUAGCUGCUAGGGGAUUAAAGUUUAUGAGCUGGUUGAAGACCCGCCAAGAGGUGGAAAUUGCAAUUGUUACUCACAAUAGGUUCCUGCAGCAUACAUUAAAUGCUUUAACAAUUGAUUCUCAUCCAUCAGUCAAAACUGAAAUAUGCAAAGAAUUUGGAAAUUGUGAGCUUCGCUCAAUGGUCUUGGUUGAUAAAAGGAUAGCAGAUUCCUCAGCAACUGAUGAUCUUGGAGAAAGUUCUUGAGGCAUGAUCUCCCAGCUGGCUCUGCAGGAAAACUUCUAGCAGAGGAUUUUUAUAGUCGAUUGUUCUCCUUGAUAAUUGCUGGUGAAUUUAUAUACUAAAUAAUUCCUGCUUUCUAUCGUUUGAAGCAUCUUGUUGCUCAUAAGAUAAAUAAUGCUAAAACAGCGGUUCUUUUCAAACAAAUAAUGUCAUCAAAUUGCAGGCUUUAUUUUUAUUUUUA